GCCUCGGCCAAGGGUCCUGCACAGCCCCAGAGUCCGUCGCCAGAGUCGUUCCGUCGGAAGCGCUUGGACUCGGUGCUCCUAUUCCGGACGGCGCAAGGUACCGCUUAUCAGUCCGGUGCAUUGUCUAGUGCUUUUCGUCGCUUGAGUUUAAUACACGCGCAGUUCUUCGUUCGGUGCUGCAAGUGAUCUGUACGAUUAACGAAUAAUCCACGUUUUAAAUUGGCAGCAGUAUCCCCAUCCCGAGAGUAGUCCAACGAUCGCAGGACGAACGCAGGACGGUGAUUUGUUUAAUUUGAACCGAAAUCAAAUUAAAACGAAUACCGAACGAACCGCAGCGCGAAACGGACGCUGAAUAACUACGAGCUGGAGCGAGUGUAAAAACGCCGGACUCAAAUCGGACACCAUCUUAAGGAGGAGGUCACCGAAAGGAGCACUCUAAAGUUCGCGAACAGCUCUCCGAGAAGAAAACGACCACGAUGGCCACGAUGCAGCGGCGGCUCGUUCACAAGCAGUUCAACUCGCCGAUCAAUCUCUACUCGCAGAAGAACAUCCAGGAAACGCUCGACCGCGAGCUGAAGGUCCUCUCGAACGGUGCCGUCGGAAUCGAUUUCGAUGACCCAUCGACAACCAAACCGCCGAGCCUGGCCAAAUCGGCCGUCCUCGCUGCCCUGGAGGACGAGGAGCGCCAAAAGUCCCGCGGAACCGGACUGAAGCGCGUUGCCUGGCCACCGCCGGCUGAGGGUGGAGAAUACGAAGUACAUCCAUCACAGCAGAAACAAGCUGUAGGUCAGCAAAUCCCUCUGCAGCAGCAGCAGCAGCCGCCGCCACAGCAGUUCUAUCACCAACCGGUCCCUCAGCAGCAGCAGCAGCAGCAGCAGCAACAUCUACCACAUCCAACUUAUCAGCCAUCCCACGUGCACCAGCAGCAGCCUCCGCACCGGCCGGUCGAGAGAAUUAUACCCAUCCAGCGGGCUACUUCGAUUCAGUCUCCGAUCAAAUCGCCCGUUAACCAGCCCAAGUAUCCGGCGUAUCCCCAGCAGCAGCAGCAGCAGGCCGCAACCAACCGUGGUGGUUCCUCCACCGUGUCCUUCAGCGGUGGCCGGGCGGUGCCACCGAACCAAUCGCAGCCGCGCGUAACCGUCGGUUACGGCGGCGUUAGUCCGUCUCCGCGAUCGCCGGGAAUUCCGGUGGGAUCUCCGCGCUCGCCGGGCACCACACUGGGCGGCAGCCCGCGUGGUUGGGCUCACGUGUCCUCACCGGUACCGACGUACCGUCCGUCGCCGCAGCCGGCCCACUCCUCGCCGGUGCAGCCACCGUUCUAUCAACAGACUCGGCCGGCUCAAUACCAGCAACCUCAGCAGCAGCAGCAGCACCAGCAGGGCUACCAAGUGUUCGUACCGCCGCCACUCGUGGCCCAGCCGGUCCAGAUUGUGCCCCACGGUGGUGUGGCCCCCUGGUACGGAGCGAGAAAGCCCGAAGAUCAACAGCAACCGCUAGCCCCACAAUAUCAGCAUCUGCUCCAGCAGCAGCACACAUACCAACCGCAGCCCACUGAAGCCUUCCAACCGCUGACGGGCCAGCAGCAACAGCCACCGCCAGCAUCUGCGAGAACGUACCAACCGAUACAGCCACCGCAGCAGUUACCGCCGACACUGGUCACGACACUACGCAAAGAGCCACCAAUGUCUCAAGAGCCAGCUCCCGUCUAUCAGACGCAACCGGUUGCUGCUAUUUAUCAAGGAGGUAGCAAUAUGCGCGGAGAUCAGAAGUGGCCCCCGGAGGAGUACAAGCGUCAAUCGGAAGUGGACAACGAAGAACGUCGCCGGCUCGCCCAAGAGCCGGCCUUCCGUCCACGUCGCCAGCAGAAGGACUAUUCGGGCUUUUUCGCCAAGAAUGCACUGAACAACACGUACCCAGGCUAUCGGGCACCACCGGGAACGCAGCAUCACGCCUAAGCCAGUGGCCGGUCGGUGGCAAGUUGUGCGGGUGACCCCCUCAGCCGGUUUUACAGCAGGUGACAUAAAUUGGUACAAAAUUUACAAAACGAACCACACUCAUUUUUGGAGCCCAACGUUCGAUACACACGCCGGAUGCUGGCCAGUUUUAGGCUGUUAGGCACCGGACAACGAAGAAAAACAAAACGCACACAACACUACAACAAACGCCGUAUCUUUAAAACGAACAGAAACCGUCAGAGAACCAAUGUUCAAGUAGAGCUAGGCCAUUAUAGGUAAGAUUUGCGAGCGAUCUGACCAGCUGAGAAGUGCCGGGUGAAUUUCGAAGCACUGUCGAAGCUGAAGGGACUAAAAUUAAAGCAAAGAAAGGGCAGCGAAAGGUGCGAUUAACAUAUUCAGUGUGAGCCACUGUUUAGGAGCUAAAUUUCGACAGCAAAAACACUAGGUUCUAUAGCGAAGCUCUUUAACCACGCUUCAGCAAAUGCGCUUGGAGGGUAACGAGAAGAGUGGCCAACGAAACAAAAGCACUACACAGAGACCGCCCAACAAUGAUGCGACUCGAGAACGGGCGCGUCCGCUGUGCGUUCGCGUUAGUGUUCCUCCUUCUAAUCCUGUGCUUCCUGCUAUCGGUCGCGAUGUGUGUUGUUAUAUGGUACAUGUACCAACCGUAAACUGGCCACCGCCUACGGGUGCAUCCCUUUUCCCUCCUUUCGUACGCCAGCACAGGACAUUAAUUUGUACUCUACGACUACUCUAUUUAGCUCCCGACCCGACCCGAUGGCUUCCAGUUGCGGCGGGUCACGCUUUACACAAAGCCUUGAGCGCUUAACGCUUGUUGUGAUGUUUAAAACCAGAAACCUAUAUUAUUUAAACCAAAUAAAGGCUUAUUCACUAUCGUGAGUGAUAGCACAUAACGCCGCGUGAGGCACUUUUCACUCUGCCAGAAGAAAGAACACGCGGCAACGUCACGCGGCAGCAGCAGGUGGGUUCAACCGCUCAUUAAAACUCCACCACG